CAAUUUAAUUUGCAUUUGAAAUUCCAAAAAACUCUCUCUCUCUCUCAUUUUACACAUUAUCCCGUCCUCUCGUUUCUCUUCCAUUUUGUUUGGGCGAUCGGAUCGAGACAGUAUAGAGCAAGAGGAAGAGCCAGCUCUUCGAUCGACAAACCAGUCUAGAGUUCGAGUUUUCUCUUUCUCCUCCUUGUCUCUGCAGCAAAGAAAAUGGCCGACGCCGAGGAUAUUCAGCCCCUUGUCUGUGACAAUGGAACUGGAAUGGUGAAGGCCGGGUUUGCUGGUGAUGACGCUCCCAGGGCAGUGUUUCCCAGUAUUGUGGGCCGACCUAGACACACUGGUGUUAUGGUUGGGAUGGGCCAGAAGGAUGCUUAUGUAGGUGAUGAGGCUCAAUCCAAAAGAGGUAUCUUAACUUUAAAAUACCCCAUUGAGCAUGGUAUUGUAAGCAACUGGGAUGACAUGGAGAAGAUCUGGCAUCACACUUUCUACAACGAACUUCGUGUUGCUCCUGAGGAGCACCCGGUGCUUCUCACAGAGGCACCUCUCAACCCAAAGGCGAACAGAGAGAAGAUGACUCAAAUCAUGUUUGAGACCUUCAAUGUUCCUGCUAUGUAUGUGGCCAUCCAGGCUGUUCUAUCUCUGUAUGCUAGUGGCCGUACAACCGGUAUUGUGCUGGACUCUGGUGAUGGUGUGAGUCACACUGUGCCCAUCUAUGAAGGGUAUGCCCUUCCACAUGCCAUACUUCGUCUUGACCUUGCCGGCCGGGACCUCACAGAUUCUCUCAUGAAGAUCCUUACUGAAAGAGGUUACAUGUUCACCACCACUGCCGAACGGGAAAUUGUUCGUGAUAUGAAGGAAAAGCUUGCAUAUGUCGCCCUUGACUAUGAGCAAGAGCUUGAAACCGCGAAAAGCAGCUCUUCUGUUGAGAAGAACUAUGAAUUGCCAGAUGGACAAGUCAUUACAAUUGGAGCUGAGAGAUUCAGAUGCCCUGAAGUCCUAUUCCAGCCAUCGCUGAUCGGAAUGGAAGCUGCAGGAAUUCACGAGACCACGUACAACUCUAUUAUGAAGUGUGAUGUUGAUAUCAGGAAGGAUCUUUAUGGUAACAUUGUGCUGAGUGGUGGUUCGACCAUGUUCCCUGGUAUUGCAGACCGUAUGAGCAAGGAAAUCACUGCUCUUGCUCCUAGUAGCAUGAAGAUCAAGGUCGUUGCACCUCCAGAGAGAAAGUACAGUGUCUGGAUUGGAGGAUCAAUCCUUGCAUCUCUCAGCACCUUCCAACAGAUGUGGAUUUCCAAGGGUGAAUAUGACGAGUCUGGUCCAUCCAUUGUCCACAGAAAGUGCUUCUAAGUUUUUCUGCUGCAUUGAUGGUGAGUUUCUUUUUCCUGCUUUAGUUGGCUUUUCGUAUUAUGUUUCAUUUGAACCCAGUUGGUGGCAUGGAGAAGCAUUGACGUGAGGAUUUGAAAGGGGUGCAUAAACACAAUUCUGAUGUUUCAUAUGAAUUUGGAUGCUGCAUGUAAUAGCCCUCACAUCACAUUAUGGGUGCUUCAACCAUGGCUUUUAGUAGGAUGUAUUUGGUUGGAGAGUGAUUGGGGUGUUUUCUCCCUUCUUUGCUUUCCCUUCUGAUUUCAUAUUUGAAGGCUCUUUUUUUCUGGGAACAAUUAUGUUAAUAUUUGUUGUAUGAGAAAGUUUUAUAUUAUUGUCAGUUUGUGGUCAAACUUUUACAAGAAAUUAUAUCUAAUGCUUGGUUGAAAU